AUUUGUUGGGUGACUUCAGCACCAGUGCCACUAAAUGGCCUUUGUGGCUAUUGUGUGACAGGUCACUCAUCGUUGUUUCCCAUGGAGGAUGAGCGGACUUACGGAGAGGAUGACCGGUCUGAUCAGAGUCUGAGUGGACUGGGUUCACCACACAGUUUCCCUCACCAAAACGGCGAACGCAUUGAGCGCUAUUCUCGCAAGGUCUUUGUCGGUGGCCUACCUCCGGACAUAGAUGAAGAUGAGAUCACCGCCAGUUUCCGACGCUUUGGACAUUUGUUUGUGGACUGGCCUCACAAAGCAGAGAGCAAAUCUUAUUUUCCACCGAAAGGUUAUGCGUUCCUUCUGUUUCAAGACGAGAGCUCGGUCCAGGCACUGAUAGACGCUUGUAUGGAAGAGGAUGGGAAGCUCUAUCUCUGUGUCUCUAGCCCUACAAUCAAAGACAAGCCAGUCCAGAUACGACCCUGGAAUUUGAACGACAGUGACUUUGUGAUGGAUGGCUCUCAGCCCCUUGACCCCAGAAAAACGAUCUUCGUUGGGGGAGUUCCACGACCUCUACGAGCUGGUUUGUUUGGAUUUUAG